CUCCCAGAAGUCUCCCUCCCUCCCUCCUUAUAAAUAGCUGGACUUGGUUCAUGUUCAUCUCCCAUAACUCGCACACCCUCAUAGCCAUCGUUGCUCACACCCUCGGUCGAAAAUGGCAUCGAGAACCAUCGCGACGCUCUUGAUCGCGGCGUUCGUCGUGAGCUUCGCUCCUGCUGUGACGGCUCAACUGCUUCAGAACAUCGGACAAUGCUGGUCAUCGAUCAGGAGGGUGCAAGGAUGCACCGUGGAGAUCGCCAAUGCCCUCCUCAAUCCCGGAGGUAGCACUAUCGGGCCUUCUUGCUGCGAAACCAUUGAUGAACUGAGCGCAAGAUGCUUGGUUCUGGUGUUCCCCGGUCUCAACACUCGAUCAAUAAUCAAGAGCGUUUGCGCCCGCGGAGGAGGACCUUCGCCGCCUCCUGGAAUGCCGCCGGCCCGAGGACCUGCACCUCCGUUCGGAUCGACUACUGGAGAAGCUGCAUCUCCGGUGAGGAUCGCGCCGAGUCCAAUUUGAAUUGAGUCGUUACACAUCAUGACUCUUGCUUGCUGAAUGAGGAUUGAGAAUAAUUAUGUGUCCUCAUCAGUUUUCAGACAAUCUAAAUAAGUCAAAGAGCACAUGACAACAGCAAUAUAUGAUAAGGUUUAAUUGCUGUAACAUGAAUUAUUCAACAAUUGACACCCUUUGUUCCAA